UAAAUUUCUCAUCUGUCAACACAAUUAUUAUUGUAUGCAUGCGUUUCUACAAUUAAAAUUACACUAUCCUUUUCCAAAUUAACUGUUUUUUUCUGAUAAAAUACAAGUUAAGAUUGUGUAGAAUUGACUAUUGUGAUCCGACCAUUUUUGAUUACGUGUGCAUAGGGGGAGCUUUAGUGUACAAUUAACUGUUUCAGCAUUAUUCGAGUGUUUGAAAAUAGGGCAUCAUAUGAUUGAGAGCUAUAAUCAUGGCAAAGAAUCUCAUUCAGAGGCCUCUGAUCUUUCAAGAUGAGAACUUGAACGUAUACCUCAAAAAGGGUGUGAUAACUGGCAAAUCAAAGAGUGGUAAACCAGAAGCUGUUAUAAAGAAAGGCACUGCAGGGCUUAAAAGUCGUAAUGCCCUCAACGACAUCACGAACAAAUCAACUGCCCUUCCUGAGGAAGCAGCAAAGGAAAAGAGUUCACACAAGGAGGUUAAAGUUCCAAGUGAGCUUAACAUAGCAGAGGAGACAUUUCAACACGAUCACAAAAAAUGCGUGGAGGCACAAAGAUCAGCAAUGACACCAAAACUUUUCCUGGAAUUAGUUCUGCCUGGAUGUGAUUCAGCUUCUCCUAUCGACAUACCAAAAACAGAAAUGGAACUGAAUGAUAAAGGAAUUGAUACCCCACGCUGCUACCCUGUGCCAGAAGAAUUGCCAAUGUCAGAGUUCUCUUGGUUAAGAUCUUCAUGUAAGUCUCCUCCAAAGAAGAUGUAUUCUCCACCCUCCUCUCCUUUCGAAUGGGAGUUUGAGCCGGUUGAAUUUACACUCAAGGAAGAAAAGAUUGCUGAAAUGGCUAGUGAGCUGCUCUAUUUGGCCAAUGACAUUGCAUGAAGCUUUUUGUUUUCACGCAUAGUGCGGGGAAGAGCCGUCCUCCAAGGGAUGUAAUGUAGGCGACCAAUGUUGGGAAAGCAUUAGUGAUUGUCCACGAUCGGAACCAGUGAUCUAUAGUUGACAGAGGACAACUUUACUGUUGUUCUAAGACUCUUCACCUUUGGACUUGAAAUUUAAAGAACAAAACAUGAUAGAUACUACUAUGAAAUAUACUAUUACUGUACAUUUUAAUCACAAAUGAUAAUUCUCAAGUUUGUUUCA